CCCCGUCGGCGGUGCGGCGCGGGGCGGGCGGCGCUCCCCACCAGCGCAGCGGCAUGAAGGAGCCGUCGCUGCCCGGCACCUCGCUGCAGCGGGCCUGCCGCCUCCUCGUCGCCUUCUGUGCCCUCCACCUCUCGGCCACGCUGCUCUACUACCUGGCGGGCAGCGCCCUGGGGCCGCCGGGCAGCCCCGAGCCGCCGCCGCGCCGCCCGCCGCCCGCCAACCUCUCGCUGCCGCUCUCCCGCCCGUCGCCGCCCGCCGCCCGGGCCCGCUCCCCGCCCGCCCAGCCGCCGCCGGGCCCCUGCCCCGAGCCCUCCCCGCUGCUCGUUGGUGCACUACGUGUGGAGUUCUCCCAGCCUGUAAACCUGGAAGAAGUGGCAAGAAUAAACCCACAGGUCAAAGCAGGAGGUCGUUUUGCUCCGAAGGACUGUAUAGCACUUCAGAAAGUAGCAAUAAUCAUACCGUUCAGGAACCGAGAGGAGCACCUGAAGUAUUGGCUCUAUUACCUGCACCCAAUUCUCCAAAGGCAGCAACUAGAUUAUGGAGUAUAUGUUAUCAACCAGGAUGGAGAAGAAGAAUUUAACCGUGCUAAACUGCUGAAUAUUGGAUUUGCAGAGGCCUUGAAGGAGUAUGACUAUGAUUGCUUUGUCUUUAGUGAUGUAGACCUCAUCCCAAUGGAUGACAGGAACACCUACAAAUGUUACAGCCAGCCACGGCACCUCUCUGUAUCCAUGGAUAAAUUUGGAUUUCGGUUGCCUUACAAUCAGUACUUUGGAGGCGUGUCUGCCCUAAGCAAAGAGCAGUUCACAAAGAUCAAUGGGUUCCCAAACAAUUACUGGGGCUGGGGUGGUGAAGAUGAUGACAUUUAUAACAGGCUGGUGUUUAAAGGCAUGGGGAUAUCCCGUCCGGAUGCGGUCAUUGGGAAGUGCAGAAUGAUUCGGCAUUCCCGGGACAGGAAGAACGAACCCAACCCUGAGAGGUUUGACCGAAUUGCUCACACACGGGAGACAAUGAAUUCUGAUGGCUUAAAUACACUAUCCUACAAGGUUUUAAGAACUGACAAGUACCCUCUGUAUACAAAGAUCACAGUGGAUAUUGGCUCCCCCAAUAGCUAACAUCAGUGACACAACAGAGACUUGCCUGUAUUGCCCAGGAUAUCUCGCCUCACUGAUGGAUUAUAUGUGCUGGUUUUAUAGGAGUUGCAGUGAACCAAAAAAAAAGGCCUCUUUUGGCAUGCCAAAGUGUCUCCAAAUUCGUUGGACAAGUGCUUUUUUAAAUUUUUUUUUUUAAUUUCAAACUUGACUUUACACAACUUUCUAGCUCUCCAUUGUUUUGUAAGCCCAGAAGCUGUACAUACAAGUUGUAAAUAGUUACUUUGCCAGAAAAUGUUGGAUCUGAUCUAUUUGCUGCAGUACUCCCCAUAUUGAAUUAAUUGCUGGACUCAAAUUUUUCUGAUUAUGACUGUGAUAUAUCAACUGUAACUGCCCAUGAUAUUUGGUAUUUUGAUUGAUGUGUGUGCAGACAUUCUUUUUAAUUCAUUCCUGGUUUUACUUUAUGAAGGACUGUAAAAUGCUGCUAAAAUUGUCCAAGUUUACGCUUUGCAUUAGAUAUUUUUUAAUGGAGACAGCAAAAUACAACUUUUUUCUCAGAGUGACCAAAACAAACAUCUCCUCUAUGUGCAGAGCAGGUGUUGAACAAUCAAGUCUGGAUUCAAUUAAUGUCAUUAUUUCAUUUAAUCUCAAAGGAGGCUUUGAGUGAGUUGAGACAGUUUGCCAGAAUUUGUGGGUAAGCUCCCUGCAUAGGGUGGGAAGCUAUACAGAUGCCAUCUCUAAAAACCACUGGCCUCAGAUAACCUUACUUCUGAAUAUGACAGAGAUUAUUUGCUUCAGCACAACACCACCUGGGAUUUUUUUUUUUUAGAGGUGGAGGAAUUCAGAGAGAGAUUUGAGGUGUUGAUUUGUCUUUUGGGGUUUUUUUCCAUUAAAUAAAGAUUAAUUUAAUUGCACAAAUAAAUUAUGGCCUUAACAUUUGCUAACACUUAUUAGCAGUGGUAGGAAGUUACCACACUAUUUAAGCAUUGUCUGAAGCUUCCUAAAACCAAAAUUUUCUCUUGCAACGUUGUGCAUAAAACUUGAAAUAUUUUAUUACUUUUGUUGUUGUUGUAACAUUUUAAUAACUUUUAAAAGUAAUUUGUUUAUCAUAAGCAGUAUAUUUAAUACCAGAUUAAAGUAGGGUGCAGUGUAAUAGGAUGUGAUUCAAAGCCUCCUUUAUCUUUAGACUAGUAGGCUUUUUAUGUGCGUCAUUAUAUAUAAGCCAUGUAUUUUGUUUGCUCUGUGUAUUUGUCUAUUAAAUCUCCUGCAGUGCUGAGAUAUUCACAGCAGGGCUGACAUCCAAAUGAUUUUUCUUUGCCUAAAGCCUGUUUGCAAUGUGUGUCCUGUAUCUGGAACCUCCCUUCCGAUUGUCUCAGGCUUGAGGGGCAUGCACAUUCUGCAGUACUGUUUUC